AUGGCAGCAAACAGCCUGGUUCUGCCCAUCGUCCUCUGGGGGCGCCGAGCCCCGACGCACUGCAUCUCAGCCGUGCUGCUGACGGACGACGGGGCCACCAUCGUGACCGGGUGCCAUGACGGGCAGAUAUGUCUCUGGGACCUUUCCGUGGACUUGGACGUGAAUCCUCGAGCACUGCUGUUUGGUCACACAGCGUCAAUCACCUGUUUGUCUAAAGCUUGUGCGUCUAGUGACAAACAGUAUAUUGUGAGUGCAUCUGAGAGUGGGGAGAUGUGCCUCUGGGACGUGAAUGAUGGCAGAUGUAUUGAAUUUACAAAAUUAGCUUGCACACAUACCGGCAUACAGUUCUACCAGUUCUCCGUUGGAAAUCAGAGAGAAGGAAGGCUUCUCUGCCAUGGUCAUUACCCUGAAAUCCUUGUGGUGGAUGCCACCAGCCUUGAAGUGUUGUACUCCUUAGUCUCAAAGGUCUCUCCAGACUGGAUCAGCUCUAUGAGUGUUAUUCGAUCCCACCGAACACAAGAGGACACCGUGCUGGCACUCUCAGUGACGGGCAUCUUGAAGGUGUGGAUCGUCACCUCGGAAAUCAGCGACCUGCAGGAUACUGAGCCAAUAUUUGAGGAGGAAUCCAAACCAAUUUACUGUCAGAAUUGCCAAAGCAUCUCUUUCUGUGCGUUCACACAAAGGUCACUUUUGGUGGUGUGCUCCAAGUAUUGGAGGGUAUUUGAUGCUGGAGACUACUCCCUGUUGUGCUCGGGUCCGAGUGAAAACGGGCAGACGUGGACGGGAGGUGACUUUGUCUCAGCCGAUAAAGUCAUCAUCUGGACUGAAAAUGGGCAGAGUUACAUUUACAAGCUACCUGCCAGUUGCCUUCCAGCUAGUGAUUCAUUCCGCAGCGAUGUGGGGAAAGCAGUCGAAAGUUUAAUUCCUCCAGUGCAGCACAGCCUCUUGGACCGAACAGAUAAAGAGUUGCUAAUUUGUCCUCCUGUGACUCGAUUCUUCUAUGGAUGCAAAGAAUACUCCCACAAACUAUUAAUUCAGGGUGAUUCUUCUGGAAGAUUGAAUAUUUGGAACAUAUCAGACACACCUGAUAAGCCGGAAGGUAAUGGAGGGCGAGAAAUGACCACAUCUAUUAGUCUGCAAGAGGCCUUUGAUAACCUGAACCCGUGUCCUGCUGGAAUUAUAGAUCAGCUGAGCGUGAUCCCCAAUAGUAGCGAACCUCUUAAGGUGACAGCAAGUGUGUACAUACCAGCGCACGGACGGCUCGUCUGUGGCCGUGAAGACGGAAGCAUCGUCAUCGUCCCCGCCACGCAGACGGCCAUAGUGCAGCUUCUGCAGGGCGAGCACAUGCUCCGCAGAGGUUGGCCACCUCACAGGACACUCCGUGGUCAUCGGAACAAAGUCACAUGUUUGCUGUACCCUCAUCAGGUCUCAGCCCGUUAUGAUCAAAGAUAUCUCAUAUCUGGAGGCGUGGAUUUUUCGGUCAUAAUUUGGGACAUAUUUUCUGGAGAAAUGAAACAUAUCUUCUGUGUCCAUGGUGGUGAGAUAACUCAGCUUCUAGUUCCACCUGAAAACUGUAGUGCAAGAGUGCAGCACUGCAUCUGUUCUGUAGCCAGUGACCACUCAGUCGGACUUCUAAGUUUGCGAGAGAAAAAAUGCAUUAUGCUGGCAUCUCGUCAUCUUUUCCCCAUUCAAGUAAUCAAGUGGAGGCCUUCUGAUGAUUACCUAGUAGUGGGAUGUUCAGACGGCUCUGUGUAUGUCUGGCAAAUGGAUACUGGAGCACUGGACCGGUGUGUGAUGGGGAUCACGGCUGUGGAAAUCCUGAACGCUUGUGAUGAAGCAGCCCCUGCUGCUGUCGACUCACUGAGUCACCCGGCGAUCAACCUCAAACAAGCCAUGACACGCCGCAGCCUUGCUGCGCUGAAGAACAUGGCCCAUCACAAGCUGCAGACUCUUGCCACUAACCUCUUGGCUUCUGAGGCAUCUGACAAAGGAAAUUUACCUAAAUAUUCUCAUAACUCCCUGAUGGUUCAAGCAAUAAAGACAAACCUAACAGACCCGGACAUACACGUGCUCUUCUUUGAUGUGGAAGCGCUGAUUAUUCAACUCUUGACCGAAGAAGCCUCUAGGCCGAAUACGACGCUUAUUUCCCCAGAGAAUCUGCAGAAAGCAUCUGGCAGUUCAGACAAAGGGGGCUCUUUUCUAACCGGAAAACGGGCAGCAGUCCUCUUCCAGCAAGUGAAGGAAACCAUCAGAGAGAACAUAAAGGAGCGCCUCCUGGAUGAGGAAGACGAGGAUGAAGACGUGGCGCGGCAGAGGCGGGAGGACGGUGACCCUGAGUAUCGGGCCAGCAAGUCCAAGCCGCUGACCCUGUUGGAGUACAACCUGACAAUGGACACCGCCAAGUUGUUCAUGUCCUGCCUCCACGCCUGGGGUUUGAAUGAGGUCCUGGACGAAGUGUGUCUCGACCGCCUGGGGAUGCUGAAACCCCACUGCACGGUGUCCUUUGGCCUCUUGUCGCGAGGAGGCCACAUGUCCCUGAUGCUUCCCGGUUAUAACCAGGCAUCCGGUAAACUGUCCCGCGGGAAAGCCCAAGUGGGAAGGAAGCUGGCGGCCACCGAGGGCGUCGGGAAGGGAACCUACGGCUUGUCCCGGGCCGUCACCACGCAGCAUCUCCUGUCUGUCAUAUCUUUGGCAAACACCUUGAUGAGUAUGACCAAUGCAACUUUUAUUGGUGAUCACAUGAAGAAGGGCCCUACCAGGCCACCUAGACCAAGCACCCCAGACCUUUCCAAGGCAAGGGGUUCCCCUCCAACUACCAGUCAUAUUGUGCAAGGACAGAUUAAACAAGUGGCUGCACCUGUCGUUUCCGCUCGGUCUGAGGCUGAUCAGUCUGGCUCUGACCCUGCUUCCACUCCUGCUUUACAUACCUGUUUCUUAGUAAAUGAAGGAUGGAGUCAGUUGGCCGCCAUGCAUUGUGUUAUGCUGCCAGACUUGCUGGGAUUGGACAAGUUUAGGCCCCCACUUCUAGAGAUGCUGGCUCGGAGAUGGCAAGAUCGAUGCUUGGAGGUCAGAGAAGCUGCACAGGCCCUGCUUCUAGCCGAACUGAGAAGAAUUGAGCAGGCGGGACGGAAGGAGGCCAUUGAUACCUGGGCUCCUUACUUACCUCAGUACAUGGACCACGUCAUAUCACCGGGAGUCUCGGCAGAAGCCCUGCAGACUGUCGCCACCGCUGCUGACGCCUCCGGCCCAGAAGCCAGAGCCCAGGACGAGGAGCAUGACCUUGUGGAUGACGACAUCACGACUGGUUGCUUAUCAAGUGUCCCACAAAUGAAAAAAAUUUCCACAUCUUAUGAGGAAAGACGGAAGCAAGCUACUGCUAUUGUUUUACUAGGAGUAAUAGGAGCUGAAUUUGGUGCUGAAAUUGAACCUCCUAAACUGUUGACCAGACCUCGAAGCUCUAGUCAGAUUCCUGAAGGAUUUGGUUUGACUAGUGGUGGAUCCAACUACUCACUGGCCAGACAUACUUGUAAGGCCCUGACAUUUCUUCUGCUGCAGCCGCCGAGCCCUAAGCUUCCCCCACACAGCACCAUCCGCAGAACAGCCGUCGACCUGAUUGGGCGCGGUUUCACCGUCUGGGAGCCGUACAUGGAUGUGUCUGCCGUCCUCAUGGGGCUUCUCGAGCUCUGUGCUGACGCUGAGAGACAGCUUGCCAACAUCACAACGGGGCUGCCUUUGAGCCCUGCCGCCGACUCCGCCCGCUCCGCUCGGCAUGCCCUCUCCCUCAUUGCCACGGCCAGACCACCCGCCUUCAUCACCACCAUCGCCAAAGAGGUGCAUAGACACACUGCUCUCGCCGCAAACACCCAGUCUCAGCAGAACAUGCACACCACCACUCUUGCCCGAGCGAAAGGGGAAAUUCUGAGAGUCAUUGAAAUUCUUAUUGAAAAGAUGCCCACAGAUGUCGUGGAUCUUCUCGUAGAGGUUAUGGACAUCAUUAUGUACUGCCUCGAAGGGUCUUUAGUUAAAAAGAAAGGUCUUCAGGAAUGUUUUCCAGCCAUCUGCAGGUUCUACAUGGUCAGCUAUUAUGAGCGGAGUCACAGAAUAGCCGUUGGAGCGCGCCACGGAUCAGUGGCCUUGUACGACAUUCGGACUGGAAAAUGUCAGACAAUCCAUGGGCACAAGGGACCAAUCACUGCAGUGGCCUUUGCCCCAGAUGGACGCUAUCUUGCCACCUACUCGAACACCGACAGCCACAUUUCUUUCUGGCAGAUGAACACGUCCCUGUUGGGGAGCAUCGGCAUGCUGAACUCGGCACCCCAGCUGCGCUGCAUCAAGACCUACCAGGUGCCCCCAGUGCAGCCCGCCUCCCCCGGCUCACACAACGCCCUGCGGCUGGCCCGGCUCAUCUGGACGUCCAACCGCAACGUCAUCCUCAUGGCCCACGACGGCAAGGAGCACCGCUUCAUGGUCUAG